GACACAGAGUUGGGCAAAAUAGCAGUACCGGCAUCAUGUGUUGAACAACCAUUGACCAGAAUGUGUAUGGGGAAUUUAAGUGAAGGAGCUUAUUGGGGAACUGUUUCCGGACAUCCCACAAUCUGUUCAAAAAAUACCACAGACAUAUUUAAUUUAUGGAAACUAGACAACAGCACACAAGCUAUAGAAACUUUAACUAACAUUUCAUCGAAUUUUCUCGAAAAAGUAACGCCGAUGCAAACCCAUUACACUUCGCUAAUUAUAUCUGAUUACGUCAAUUCACUUGAAAUAGAUGAUGAAAAAAAGAACAUACAAAAUAUGUUUGAAAUUGUAGACAAUUUAAUAGGGAGUAACAGAAAAAUUUUGGAGGAGUCGCAAAUAACAUUGAACUCUACUGAUAUAGUAUUAAAUUCUUUGGACAUUGCCACAUUUUAUCUCAACAAAAAUACAGCAAUCGAUAUGAAUUAUUUUUUCGUACGAAGAAGUCAAAUAAAUGAAUCUUCAAUAGGGUGGCUGCUAACGUCGGAUCGAAUUUUAAAACCGUUAUCCCACCCUUUUGUAUUUGACGACCACAUAAACGAUAACCCUUUAGCCAUUGGUUACUUCUCAAACUUCUCUGAAUUAUUGUCGAAAAAUAACAGCGAAUCAAUCUUCAUAUUUUUCUCCAACCCAAAUCUUUUCAACGAACGGAAUAAAAGUGACCCGCAAUCUUGGAUAGUAAGUGUUGUUGCUCCCGGUUUCAAAGAAUCUUUAGAAUCGCCACUAAUGAUAAUUCUAAAGCAGAACAAAUAUGGAAGGUUUCUACAAUCAUGUGCUUUUUGGUUCUAUGGACAAUAUGAACAAGUGAACAUUAACGGUUCCUGGAGCGUUGAUAACGAAAUUGCUUUAAAUUAUGAAACAGAUUAUUUAAUAUGUAAUUACACCCAUAUGACACAUUUUGGAAUGUUGAUCAGUGACAAUGACUACGAUGAUCUCGUUUUGAGUAUAAUCACUUAUAUCGGAACAAUUUUAUCUCUGGUUGGAAUUCUUGCAGUUAUGGGCACAAUAUUUUUAUUCAAGAAUUUUAAAGACAGAAAAAACAUAAUAAUACUUUCAAAUUAUAUAGUUUCUUUAAUAUUAGUACCACUGGCGCUGAUUAUAUCAAAUUUGGGGCGGAAGGGUACGAUUUGCGUACUAACCGGAAUGUUUUUGCAUUACACGGUGUUAGCACAAUUAUGCUGGAUGACUUUGUUGUCGUACUUUCAAUACAGGCGUUACAUUAUAGUUUUUGUUCAUGAUUACACGAAUAUUAUAUUGAAAAGUAGUUUAAUUGGUUGGGUUUUGCCGAUUAUUGGAAUUAUUGUCACUGCAACUAUUUCAGUUGACAAUUAUCACAAAACUGAAUCACAUCUUUGUUAUCUUUCUGGUUUGACUUUAAAGUUGGCAGUUACUAUCCCUACUAUUUUAAUUACUUUUAUAAAUGUUACAAUUUUUUUUAUGAUCAUCUAUAAACUUCAUAAAUCCAAUCAGAAACAUCAAACUAAGUCGUUUUUAAGUGCAAUUUUAAAAUUAUCAAAUUAUUUGUUUUUUUUGUUCGGUUUAACGUGGAUAUUCGGUAUUGCUUACGCAUUCACCGACAUCUUAUUUCUGAAUUACUGCUUUACUGCAUUAACAGCAGUACAAGGUUUCAUGAUUUGCCUUCACGUUCUAAUUACUACUAAACAGAAGAUACAAAAAAUUCCAACUACAGAGGAAUCGUUACAAAGUACAAAAUUGGACAAGUUUUCGGGAAGUUACCUUCAAAUUUCUGAAAGUUAA